UUGAUCUUGGGAAAAUGCGACCGCAAAGGGUUAAAUUAUAAGUUUGCGUGAUAGAUUAUAAGUUUGCGGAUUAAAUUAUAAAUUUGCGGAAUAACUUGCGCAUUAAUUUCGAUUUCAGGUGGGUCUCCAAGUGGAAGGGUCACAAUUACGAGAGAAUGCCCGCUCGAGAUCUGAUGAAAACAUCCGAGCAGAAGGAACCGAUCGUCCGAUCGAUCCUUUUAACCUUUAAAUUGUGAGAUGUUGAUUCCCCAAGAUGUCUCGAGGGAGAAAGGCGAAGAAGAAGACGAAACUGCGCGAACAGCCGACGAUGGCUUCCCUCCGGGUGAAGGAGGAAAUCGGCAGCCUGCCGAUCCGCCACGGACUUCCAGGUGGCAGCAAAUCGGCGGUGAUUAGACCAUGGCUUUGCGGUGGAGAAUCUGCAGGACAGUCUGCAAAAUCCCCAUCGAAUAGCUGCGGAUGUGACGUCUCCGUAUACCGGCAGCCCCGGACGGCAAAGAAGCAGCGGCACCUUGGUACCGGAUUGACGAACUUCUUCAAGGGCGAUGAGCUGCAGAGGCUGCGGAAAGUCCUUCAGAAAUCCGACCUGUCGAACACGCCUCUGCUCCUGGGUGCCAUAAUCCUCGGCAAGUUGGACGUCGUAAAGAAGCUCCUGAAGGACGGAUACCCCAUUAAUUCCUGCACAGAGGACAAGAAGACGCCGUUAAUGUGGGCGGUGAGCAACAAGAACCUGGAGAUGAUUAAUCUCCUGGUGGAGCACGGCGCCGACCUAACGCUGGUCGACAAAAAUCGCGACAAUAUCGCGCUGAUCGCCAUCCAGUCGCCCUCCUGGAGCGAGACGGACUUCCUGGACUUCUGGAACAGCAUCCAUCGCAAGAUCGACCCUGGCCACACCAACAUCCGAGGCAACACGAUCCUGCAUUACGCCGUCAAACGUCAGUGGGACGUCCUGGUGGAGCUCCUACGAAAGGAAGCCGGAGGAGGCAGCUUGGAGGACGCUGAAGACGCGCUUUCUCAUCUCGCCAUAGGACCUGAGACGGUGGAAGAUGCUGCAGAGGACCCAGCAAAGCCGUCCAGCAGUAAAAACCAUGCCUCCUUCGGCUCCAUAGCCGGCACCCUGGAAAAAAAUGCGGAGGUAGUACCUCGAAGAAGGGUCUUCAAAGAAGACAAGGACCAAUCCGAGACUCACAUCGAGAUGACGUCGGACGACGUGGAGGAGACGAUUCUGUACCUGUCGACCCUCUUCGAGGAGAUAGUCCGCUGCUACCGUCGAGACUGGCAGAGAGAUCGGGAGCUGGGGUACCCUGGGUACAGAGACGGCCAGGGAGAUCCUGCAGGAUCCUCCGAAGAAGAGAGGAAGAUCCGGCAGGAAGAGAUAGCGAGGCUGAACGCGAUCCUCCCCAAGCUGGAGAACUCCUACAUGAAGAAGUUGAGGGACGGCUGGUCUUCUUUGACAGAGAAGAUGCGACAGACCGGCAGUCGAGACCCGAGGAUCUUCCGGGGCAUCGCGGCCUCUCUUCGGGUACAACUGGUGACACACCACAAUUCUUCGGGGGAGGAUCCUGACGGGAACUUAGAGAGGCUUUCCGAGCAGAGGAAAAACCCGGGUACCAUCGGGGACGGCGCCAUGGACUGUAAAGGUACACUCGAAGAGCUUCCAGGGUCCCGGCUGGAGUCAAGGACGCCGGCAAGGAGUCACCUGAUGCACAGGGAGAAUUCCAUCUCCGAGGGAAGCCAUUCCAGCGAACGAAGAGCGAAAGUCCUGGAGAUCUCCCAGAAAGAUCGCUGUCCCUUAAGGUCUCCAAGUGACCCUGAACGUCAUGCAGGAGGACACUGGGGGAUCUUCGAAAGGGAGAGGGUACCAGCAGAAGAUGCGUCCGGAGGUUCUGGAGGAGUGGUCUGCACGGCAGAGAUGGAGGAAGCCCUUCGGACGAGGAUCACGAUGAACUCUUCGUGUCCUCUCCCCGAGUUGGUGAGGCCCGAUCGAUCCGGGGCAUCCUGGUCCUCUAGGGAGCAACAGGUGGUCGAGGGUCCGCCUCAAAAGUCGUCCCUCGCUCCCGUUAACGAGAGUAAUUACGUUAAUCGCUUCAACAACCCCAACGAGCCUGCACCGACGAGCUACGUCAGCAGAUGGGACGCUCUGGUGAAGAGUCUCAGGUCUCAGGGCGAGAAAAGCAAGCCGAGAGAGAGCACCCUGACCCUCUGCAGUCCGGAGCAGAGGAAGUUCUUCGUCAUCUCCCCCGGAGGGAAUUUCGGCUCCGUGGAAUUAGGAUUACAGGCCGAUGGAAGGCCUUUGGCCAUCCGGAGGAUGCUCAAGGAGCUGGGGGUGCCGGUCUUCUCUCUUCUGCAACCUCUUCUAGGGCUCCGGCACGAAAACCUGCUGCCCUUCAUCGCUUGCACAAACGUCGGCUCCGAAGUGGUCCUGGCUACUCCACUCUGCGAGUACAACCUAGGCGAGUACUUGAUGUACCUGAAGAUGAGCAAGAGGCUGGAGGAGAGAGCUCGGUCGCUGGUCCUGCAGUUCCUUUCAGGGCUGCGAUUUUUGCACACGGGUGGCGAGGAGGCCGUCGUCCAUGGGAACAUCAAACCCUCGAACUUGAUGAUCGAUGCCUCGGGAACCUUGAAACUCGCCGAAUUCGGGCUCUGGAAGGCGCUCUAUCGCAAUGGGAGACCUCCAAGCUCCUCCAUGAUCUGGUUCGCUCGCGAGAGCUACAGGGCAUAUAAGGAAGACCAAGUAUUAAUCUGCACCCGCGCGACCGACGUCCAGGUCGCUGGGAUGGUCGUACAUUUCAUACUCACCGGGGGAUUGCACCCUUACGGCACCCAAUCCGAAGACAUUCUGGAGAACAUCGUCCGUGGGUGCCCUAGGGUCCAGAAUCAGGGCUGCGAAGUCGUUGAUCUCGUCUCCUGGAUGCUGCUGUACGAUCCUCUGGAGAGGCCCUCCAUCGAGCAGGUCUUAACGCACGUCUUCUUCUGGGAGUCUGACAAGAAGUGGUCCUUCCUCCUGGCAUGCGCGGGUGUGACGGUAAACGGGGCACGUUUACCCCUUUCUCUGGACACCUUCCACAAGGAUCUAGAGACAAAACCUCUUUUCGGCCAGGUCAAAGGCAACUGGCUUUCGGCUCUUCGAGCUCAGUUCCCUUAUAUGAGGAUUGACGGCGACUUCGAGGACUCUCCUACGGGGCUGCUCAACUUCCUGAGGAAUCAGAUGGAAGUCCAGCCUUCGGUUUCUCAUCGGAUGCAGCAGUUUCUUCUCAGGGCUUUCCCGGCUUUGACGUUGUCUCUAUACCGACUCUUGACAACUACUCGAUGGCUCUUUCAUCCUGUAUUUUUACCCUACACUAAGGACCAAUGAAACGAAACAAAAGAAAUUAGUAUUCACUGCGAAGAGAUGCUGAAACACGCUUUUAAGGGGUUA